CUGCCUCAUCAUUUUCCUAUUGUGAAUUAUUCUUCUCCCUAAACCACAUUAAACCAACCUUUCUUCUGCUUCUUUUCUACCUAUUCUUCUUCUUCUUCUUCCUUUGGCUGGAAUUUUUAUUUAAUUACUUCUUAAUAUAGCAUGGAGACCUGGUGCCCAAAUAUCCUCUCCACAGUCUGGGACGCAAUCAAAAGCGUAUUGAAAUGGGUUCUCAAUCGUACAGAUUAUUUCUGCGAUCUCCAACAAGACGUUAAGUCCUUGAAAGAUGGGAAGGAUAACCUGAUGAAAGUCAGGAAACUAAUAGAGGAAAGGGUCACUCGCGAAGAGACGCAACUUAGGCAGCGCACCCCAAAAGUAACGCUCUGGCUCCACAGAGUAGAAGACAAGCAAAAUAGCGUCGACGAGGUCAUUAAGGAAGGCGAAGAAGAAAUUCUGAAGAAAUGUGCCAGAUGUUUCUUCCCCAAGAAUUUCUGUGCAUACCAAGAAGUGGGAAAGAAUGUAAGUUCAGAGCUCAAUGAUCUGAACAAACUGAUAGAAGAAGGAGAAGAUUUUGGUGAGGUGACUGAGACAAAAAUAUCUUAUAAUCCAGUAGAUGAGAAGCCUGUAGAAGAGAUUGUGGGCUUGGAGUCAGAGUUCAACCAAGUAUGGAAAUGCUUGGAGGACCAAAGUGUCCGAACAAUUGGGAUAUAUGGAAUGGGAGUGGGUAAAACCACCCUCCUAAAGAAAGUUAACAACCAAUUCCUUAAAACAGACCAUGGUUUCUUUGCAGUCAUUUGGAUUGAUGUGUCCAAGCAAGCAAAUGUGGAAAAAAUUCAGGAAGCUAUUUUCAACAAAUUUAUUAUCCCUGAGCUGUUGUGGAAAGACAAAGAUGAACAAACGAAAGCUCGAGUGAUAAUGAAGUGCUUAACAGGGAAAAAGUUUGUUCUGUUGCUGGAUGAUCUAUGGAAGCAUUUAGAUCUCCAAAGAAUCGGGAUUCCUUCCUCGGAUAAAGCCAAUGGUUCCAAAGUAGUGUUCACAACCCGAUCAGAGGAAGUCUGUGGCAGUAUGAGAGCUGAACGAAGAAUUAAAGUGGAAUGCUUGUCGCCUAAGGAAGCAUUGCAGUUGUUUCGAACGUACGUAGGAGAAGGCACGCUAAAUUCUCAUCGAGAUAUAUCAAAGCUUGCUGAGAUGGUAGCUCAAAAGUGCCAAGGAUUGCCACUAGCUCUCAUCACCAUCGGACGAGCUAUGAAUGGUCGGAGGAAUCCUGACGAAUGGGAGGACGCACUUAAAAGCUUGCAGAAUUAUCCAUCGGAUUUUCAUGGUAAGGGAGAUGACAUCUUUCCUAUUCUCGAGUUCAGCUAUGAUAGCUUGAGAGAUGAUACUCUUAAAUCAUGUUUCCUAUAUUGUUCCAUUUUCCCAGAGGAUUAUAUCAUUGAGAAAGAUGAACUUUUUGAGCUCUGGAUCAGGGAGGGGUUUUUAGUUAAGUAUUAUGAAAGAUAUGAUGCAAGAAAAGCAGCAGAGUCUACUCUUACAAGUCUAAAGUUUGCGUGUCUAUUGGAAGAUGGUGUAAUACCACAAGAUUGGACUGGGAUCCCCAAGAUUAUAAGGAUGCAUGAUGUGAUCCGUGAUAUGGCCUUGGGAAUGGCUUCCAAACAUGAGAUAAAAAUGGAGGUGCUUGAAGAUGCUGCUUUGUUUAAACUUAAAGCAGAAGGAUUUGACGAGAAAUGGAAGGAAGUAAAAAGAUUAUCAUUGUUGGGUAAGAGUUAUGAAAGUUUUUCUGAAUCCAUGUCGCCAGCUUUUCCCCAUCUCCUAACUUUUUUUGUUAGGUAUACUAAGCUGAAUCGAUUUCCUGGUGGGUUCUUUCAACAAUUGCACACCUUGAACAUUUUGGACUUGUCAAGAAAUUGGGACUUAACUGAGUUACCAAGUGGGACUGGAGUAUUAAUCAAUUUGCAGCAUCUUAAUCUCUCACAUACUCGCAUAAAAUCGCUACCAUUGGAAGUUAAAAACUUGAGAAAAUUAAAGAGUUUGCUAAUGGAUGGUACAUACGAUCUUGCAAAUAUCCCAAGAGGAGUCAUUUCAAGUCUUUCAUUAUUGCAGGUGUUCACCAAGACCCAACUUAUUCAUGAUAAACUCUUCGAUGAAGGGGGCUUGUUGGAGGAGUUAGAGUCCUUGGAAUACUUGAAUGACGUUUGCAUCACAUUAACUAAUCUUAGCUCCAUCCAAAAAUAUAUGAGUAGCCUCAGGUUGGAAAGCUACAUUAGAGGACUCUUAGUCAGUACAUGCAAUAAUUUGACCUCAUUUGAGAUGUCAUCUUCAAUCUUGAGAAUCGCCAAGCACCUUGAAGUAGUUGCCAUGCUUAAUUGUCCACAUCUCGAGGAGCUCCUGAUUUAUCCAGCAAGGCAAGCUCACUUUCAAGACCUUCGUUAUCUGAACAUUUGGGGUUGUCCACGGAUAAAGGAUUUGUCGACAUGGGUGAUUCAUGCUCCAAGACUUCAAACUCUUGUUGUGUGUUCUUGUUCCUCAUUUGAGGAAAUAAUAGCAGACAGAUUCAGCUCCGCAGAAAUGGACAUUUUUCCAAAUCUUAGACUGUUGAUUUUGAAGAGUCUACCACAGCUAAGGAGCAUCUGCCAUCAAAUCUUGCCCUUCCCUUCCCUGCAAGUGCUGCGAGUAACUGGUUGCCCGAGUCUGAAAAAGCUCCCGUUUGAUUCCAAUAGUGCAAAGAACAACUUAGAGAAGAUAGAAGGAGCGGAAGAGUGGUGGAACGAGUUGCAGUGGGAGGAUGACGCUUAUAAGCUUGCUUUCGCUUCAAAAUUUACUCGCUACGGCUUACGGGAAGGAGGCAUAGGAGACUCUGCAGAGUCUGAGAAAGAGAUGAAACAGAUGAUAGAGAAAGCAUUGGCAAGCACAGGAGCUACAUCUACACCGUGACUAAAAGAACUUAUUAAUGUAAAUUUGAUAAUUCAUGCCUUGUAGUGGACUGGUACUCAUAUAAUUGGUGUAUUAAAUAUUUGAAAUUCUCAGAAUACUUUACAAUAUUACAUUAGAGUAUACAUAUGUGUGUGUUAUAAAUGUAUUUAAUAUUUAUAUUGAUUGAGUAGAGCUCCCCCUUGUGAAUAUUGUAUUUGGCUUCAAAAUAAAUUAACGAAAAUUAGUGAGAGAUUGAAAUGAAUUAGCGAUAAAUUUUUGGUAUAAAUCAACGACAAAUGCUAUUGACGACGACAAGCGAAGGUGGAUAUGAUUGCACCUAUCAGCACUGGAAUAGAUUUAGAAUUGUCAGUUGCUAAUUUGCAAAGGCUAUUUUUCCACGGCCAAAAUUUUAACCACGAGUGUAUUUUUUAUAGAUUUAUAGCCAUUGCUAAUAUGUGGAUGCAAAUUUUAGCGAAGAGUUUUUAUCAAUAAUGACGAAUUUUUUCGUCAC